ACGAGACUACCAGCAAGAUAACCAUGGCAGACUAAGAGCUCGUCAGAGUUGUCAAACUCACAAUUAUUUCAUUUGAAUGGCUUUGUCACUUCGGCAUGUUGUAGACCAACUAUUUUCCGAAGUUCGCCUAGCAAAAGAGGAGCAUGGUCAUCGUGAGUGUUUCAUUUUUCAUCUUUUUUUGUGUGUGUGUGUGUGUGUGUGGAAGUUAAGAUAUCAUUGAAGAAAGUCCCUGAUCAUCUUAGCCAUGGCUUAUCAAAUACUAGCGUCUUGCCCUUUUUAAAUUGAUUUCUAGACACACUCUGUCUACUCAUAGUUUCACUGAAUAAAGUUUCAUUUCUCCCGUUGUUUUGUUUGUCUUUUCAGUGACAGAUGAAAUACUUUCCGCGUAAGUAUCGAUUUGCAACCAGUUGAUUAUAUAAUAAUUAGUUUGUGGUUAGUCUCCUUGUUUUCCCAUGAUCAUAGGAUGAGGGUUUCAUUAAAGUGAAACUCCCGAUGACUCACUGUAAAAGGUGACAUCAGCGACUGUCGGAAAUUUGAGAGGAACUCGUACAAAGGUGUAUGAAAUGCGCUGAAUGUAUGGCAUGUGUCUGCGAUGCAUGAAUGUGUAAACGAAAAGCAUAACUUUUGAAGGUUUUUUAAAAUUAUUAAUCUCUGCUAAAAAUCUUGUGUUUGUGUUUGAUAAUGAGGUUUCUGAGGUUUGACACUGCAUCCGUUUUGUUUUUAUCAGGUUACACUUUGUAUUCCACCAGCCACUGUUACAUGCUUUAGACUUGAUAGAUAGGAAGAACAUUACAAAGUUAACAACUCCUUGUGGAAGGGUUUUAUAUCAGGUCAGUAAGAGAAGAUAAAAGCCUUCAAGACUGCGUGUACCUUAGCAAUUUUCAGUUGAGUGUUGAAAAUGAUUCAAGAUUGCUUUAUUUUUGCUUUGCUUCACUCUGUGAUUGGUCCACUGCUCUCUCAACCAAUCAAACACAAAACUGAAACCAAGCACAACUUGAUUGCUUGCAUUUUGCUGUACUUCAAUCAGUUUGGUUUGUUUUACUUUGAGUUCUCAUUGGCUCUUAAAGGUGUCUUUUCUUCUUCUGAUUGGCCUUUGUAACCACUCUGGUUUUGGAUUUACAGCAUUCAAUCAAAAUGCACUCCAUUGGAAGCCAUGGUUGAUGUACUGAUCUGUAGUAGAUUGAAUGAUGUCUUUUGUCAUAGUUGCUCUGUAUGUAACAAAUUAUAAACCAACAGUCAAUUCUUAUAACACUUUUACCUCAAAGAAAGAGUAAGUUGUACUUACAAUACCACCUCUGAGUCACACUUCAAGAUCAGGAGAAUUUAUGAACUGAUCACCAACUAAAGAAGCUCUUAAAUUCUCCUUGUCAGCCGCUUAGGAAAUGUAUGGAGAACAGCUGGGAGAAUAUGUGUACUUGUCUAAUGUUUAGGUGUAAAGAGUUCACAUGAAGUAAUGUAAGAGUGUUGCUCUUUUCAGGUUGUGGGUAGUUCUAACACACUCUACACCUGCCUUAUAUCUGGAGACUAUUGUACCUGCCCCUCUUACACUUUCACAGGUUUGACUUGGAUUUAAGUUGUAAAGAGUUAAUAACACAAAAGUGAAUAAUUUGUGUCUGUAUAUGAUUCAAUUCAAAGGCAGAUUUCAAGAAUAUGAAUGUUACUUUGUGACUGACAUUAUAGGAGGCACUUUGCAUCACUUAAAUACUUCAUUAAAUAAAAGAUUCAUUCAAUGAGAGACAGAUAAACCAACUGAUCAACUGACAAACUGAUUGAUGUGUUAAAUAUUCAACUGAUUACUUGACUUAGAGACAAAUUGUCAACAAACUAAUAGAACUGGUUGAAACAAAGGCUGAUGGUUUCACUCAGAACUAGCUGGAAAAAUGACUGCCCACCUGACUUACUUACUUUAUAUCUGUGGAUAAGCUGAAUGAUUGUUGAACCAACUCACAAAGUGAUCUGACUGAUCAUAGGACUGUCUAGUGGUCUACGGGAAGAUGUACCACCCUGUUAGGUGAAGAAAUUAAAAAACUAUAUAGCCUAACCAACUGCAUGUUUGCAGACCACUGAAUGGCUGUGUUGUUAUUGGCAGACUCAGUGACUUACUGGAAUUAAUCAUAAGUUUAAAGAAAGCAAUAUGUGAGGAAAUGGACGAUUAUUCCUCAUAGAACCUUGCAAAUGAAUACUGGGGAUGAAUUUUAGGUUCUUAGAGUCCCUCAGCUAACUUGGGAUGUUAGCAAAUUUAUGCACAUGUUCUAAUAAUCUUUUUUUUCUACAUGUGCCUCUCUGUCUUGUUAGUGUUAGUCAAGAUGGAAUCACUUAUGGUGAGCAAUGACAAAUAUAGAAUGAAGAUUAUGAAGAAUUUUAAGUAAUUUGAGACAAGACAGGAUUUCAUUGAUUUUUGGCCCACUAUACUCUGUUUGGUCUAGAAAUUUGCAGCUUCGUCGUAACCAUUAUGCCUAAGUCACUCACUAUUCCUCGCGAUUUAGGCAAUUUGUUUGUUUUCAGUUUUCAAUGGUUUCUUGCCUCAGAGCCCUUUCUUGUAAGUGGCCGUUGUGAUCACUGAUUUAUGACACCCGAUUAACGUUACAAGCGGUGUGUUCAGAGUGCAAACGGUGCAAGUAGAUCGUUGCACCGUUGUUGUCUUUUUUUUAUAUCUCAGUGUCUGUAUUCAUAACGCGAAUCUUCAAGGAACCAUACAUAGUUCAUAAACUCGCCCGGACGUCCUUAAGAAACUUACGUUGAAUUCAGAAUCCAAUAUUUUUGUCAUCUUACAUACACUCUUGCCUCAGUACAUGCUUGUGAUAAGUUCCAGUUGAUUUUCUGCAUGUAAUUAACACAUUUUUACACACUCGCUUGCGUGCCUUUUUUUAUCAAACUUAUCCGCGUGAAGUUACAAGCAUUGUGUCUGAUACGAGAGUAAUACGCGUUAACACGCCAUGUACACGUUAGCGAUACCACACGCUUCAUCGUCCUUAUAUUUCUUUGCCUUAAGGAGCCAAAGGUGUCGCCCAAUAAUGACAGAACAACAGUCUGCUAGUAGUUCCAACAUGAAAAAUGUAAGCCGCCAUUUUUUUUUAAAGAUACGCAAAGGAAGGGUAUAGCCCCCAUAAAGUUUUGAUGACGUCUAACUUGUCUCUAUUUGAUAAUUCUAACAGUGCAAGCAUCUGUUGGCUGUACAUCUCGCUGAGGCCUUAGGAGAAUGCAAAACCCAAACCAUCACCAAUGAGGAUUUUGUAGCCCAUAUGUGUUAUGAUAGUGUUGUAGAUAAUAACAGGAACGAGGAACAUCUAUAGAAAAGAGAAACUGGACACCUGUUCCUCCACCAGUGGUCGGCGUUUUUCGCUUCACAGGAUCAAUUGCGAACAUUGUUGUUGAUCAUUAAAUAAGAGACGGACCUUUUUCCUCCAGCUUCUCAGCCUGGC